UGAUAGAAACCGCUGGGCCUCAGUUCUACCUUGUCACUUUGUUGACCAGUCCAGAUUAGCUCGUAAUGGCAGGAAGUCGAUAUGAAUACGUGAAGAAAUUCGAGCUUCCCGAUCCAUUGCUGAUGGGAACGUUUCUCGUUCUGCGCAUCGACGGACAUGCGUUUCACAAGUUAUCAGAAGCGCACGACUUCGCCAAACCAAACGACGAGCGCGCUCUACAACUGAUGGAUCACGCUGCACGCGAUCUUCCUCUUUCGAAAUGCACGACACUUUAUAACCGCCGCCAGUCCAAGAUCCUUACCACCGUCACAUCCCUUUUCACUUCAUCAUACGUCUUCAACUGGUCGAAAUACCUACCAGACAAAGAGCUGAAGUAUCCACCUUCGUUCGACGGCCGGAUUGUUAUGUAUCCCUCGGCGAAGGAAAUCCGCGACUACUUCGCAUGGCGACAAGCAGACACGCACAUAAAUAACAUGUACAACACGGUCUUCUGGGCGCUCGUGCUUCAGGGUGGAGAGAGCACGACUCAAGCGCACGCUACACUCCGGGGAACGGUGUCCAGCACAAAACACGAGAUACUGCAUUCGCGGUUCGGUACCAACUAUAACAAUCUGCCUGCACGAUAUCGGAAGGGUAGUAUUCUCGUACGCGAACAGGUCGUUCCCGACGCAAGCACUCUACUGGCACCAGGGCCUGAAAGGGCAGCAGGUUCUCCUGAUGUCGAGAACUCAAUUAGCCCUGAACUUACGAAAGCGCAGUUCACGGUAGAACUGCUGCACGGUGACAUCAUCGGCGACGAAUUCUGGGACCAGCGACCCUAUUUGCUCGCGGAAUAGCCAGGCUGCGCACAGAAGGCUUACGCUACGUCUUCUAUUCAGUUGAGCCGUUGACUUCUAGUGUGCCUAAUGAUAAUGCAGCUCCAUGUGGAACACCCCAAACUAGCUGUGCUGUGCGCGUACUAAUGCCAUUCGCCGUCUCGAAUCGCUCUAUGUCGACA